AUGGCGACUCCAGAGAAGAAAGAGGAGCUCAAAAAGGUCAGGCCGUUGCUCGAGCUGGCCAAAUGCUCCAAAGCUACUCCUCCGCCUAACCCUGAAGACUACGGCCCGAUCAUCACCGUUACAGUCGGCAAUUGGAGCUCGAAGCGCGAGUUCCACGUCUACGAAGGCCUUCUCUCUCACUACUCCUCCUACUUCAAAGCUGCCGUAAAGGAUUGUUGGGGCGUUCUUUCACUGGGUCUAUACAGGAAAGCUCUACUUCGCACUCGACGCUUCAGGGGAAGUUCCUCUAGACUUCCCCUCAUCUACGAGAUCUACAUUUUCGGUGAUGCUCGCGGGGCUCCUGAUCUAUGCAAUGCCGCUAUCGACCUUCUUAUUCAAAAGAUGAAUCAGGAGUGGGCGUUUCCACAGCUGCACCUCUCCUACAUCUAUGAGAACACAUUGACCGGAUCAGCUCUUCGAAAAGUCCUUGUGGAUUUCGCUAUAGACACCUCUCGGUUCACGGAGCUAGUCGAUCCAAGCCAGCGAGCGAAGGAAAUGGUGUCUUAUCCUCACGAGUUCUUCGCUGACCUG